GUCCCGCAGCGCGCAGCGCGCAGGCCAAGUAUCCGAGGAAGGGGCGCCGGGACGCGGGACCACCGCCACUAAUCCCCGGAUGAUGGAUAAACUGGGGCCGAUCAUUGCCUUGGGCCAAGGGGUCUACAAACAGUGUGAAAAGAUGAAGUACUGCAAGAAACAGAGUGAGCGUCUAGGAGAGCGUGUGAAGGGCCUCAUACGGGCUUUGCAGAGUCUUCAGGACCAAGGAGAAAGGAACCUGUCUGAACACAUCAUCAAAGUCCUGGACGAUUUUAAACGGGCUCUGCUGGAAGCUAAGCAGCAGAUAGAACAUUUCAACAAGAAAACCAACUUCUACAGGUUUCUAAGUGCGGACAAAGAUAAGAUACUGUUCCAGGAAGUGAAUGAGAGGUUGAGAAAUGUCUGGGAGGUGUUCUCCAUGACACUUCAGAUUGAUCAGCAUUUUCUCUGCUCCUGGGAAAAGGAAGAUCAGAGUGAUGUACUGGAGGAUAAGCAAUCCCACCAAAGGCUCAGAGAAUUAGAAAAUAAAAAUCUAGAAGCUACCCUGAAAGAAAUUCAGAAUACCUUGAAACCGAGACAUUAUUUCAAUAAUGAGAUCAGAGCCAUGAAGAAAUUUGAUUCUCCCAACAUCCUUCGUAUAUUUGGUAUUUGCAUUGAUAAAUCAGACAAUCUGCCUCGAUUUUCCAUCGUCAUGGAGUACUGUGAGCUCGGUACCCUACGGGAACUGUUGGAGGACAAAAAGGAUCUUUCAUUGGGUAUGCGAAUUCACCUAAUCCUGGAGGCAGCCAGAGGUUUAUACAGGUUGCACCAUUCAGAAACACUUCAACUCCAUAGAAACAUCAACAGUUCCAAUUUCCUGGUAACUGGAAACUACCAAGUGAAGCUUGCAGGGUUUGAGUUAAGUGAAACUCAGACUUUCAUCAGUCAGAAAAGGAAGACGAAAACAGAUAAAGUCAAUUCUACAGCAUACGUCUCACCCCAAGGACUGAAAAAUGGGUUUUACAGAUAUGAUGUACAAGCUGAAAUAUACAGCUUUGGCAUCGUCCUCUGGGAAAUUGUCACUGGGAAGAUUCCUUUUGAUGGCAAGGACAAUAAGGAGAUCUACCAGCUGGCAGCUAUGGAAGGGUACCAGGAGCCAGUGAACGAAGACUGCCCUCCAGAGCUACAGGAAGUCAUUGAAAUGUGCCUGGCCUAUGAGCCCUCCCAGAGACCCUCUGUUAAAGACCAACUAACCAAUGAGAACCCCAUUUUAUCCAGCGAUGGCCAGUAG